AUGACGGGUGAGUGCGGCGCAUCACCAACGGAUGCCCGGCGAUCGAAGUCGCAGCACACGCCUAACGUGGAGGAUGACGAGGAGGACGAGCUCAUGGUUGCCUCCGUAGAGUUUUCGCUGCUGUGCCCUUACUCUCGCCUCCCUAUACGCUAUCCCGUGCGCAGCAAUGAGUGCAACCACCUGCAGUGCUGCGACUUGGACUCGUGGAUUGUGAUGCUGAACAAGUGUCGCUCCAUGCGUGACCCGGUCGGGCCGUGCCCGGUGUGCGAGCGCCGCGUCACCUCCUCCUCGCUAGAGGUGGACCUCUGGAUGAAGAAUGUCAUUGAUCAGAUGCCAGCGGGUACACAUAUGGUGGUGUUCGAACCGGACGGCGCCUUUCGCAAUGGUGACACCACCCGAGAGCGGCGCAAAGAGCAGAUGAUUAUGGAGGUGGUGGACGCGACACAAGGGGACUACGAGAACUACUUUGGGGACGUGGUGGACGGCGACGAUGACGUUGUGGUGCAGAGGCAUCCUCUCACCACGUCGAACGCUUCCACCAGCACAUCCGCCUCGCUUUUCCCGGUCGGCUCGCGUCGCCCUCGCAUGGAAUCGCCUGCGGCCCCAGAAGCGAGCUUUGGUGUGCCGAGCACCGGCGGGGACCACCGAGCCGGUUCACCCCCACUGGCGCAGGUCAAAACAGAGAAGGCUGCCAUACUGGCCGCUGAGGCCGAGGCAGCAGCGGAGGCGUCGCCUUCUGUCCCUGGUUCUCAAGAGGAUGGAGGUGUCGUUGUCGUGCACUUUGUUGAGGGACGACACGACGGAUUGCAGGCGCUGCCUAGUCAAAUCCGGCUGUGGGCGCUACACUGCACCCGAUGCGGGGCGCCGCGGGUGAAGACGGAAGAUGGCUUGGUGCAAGGGUGUCAGCAAUGUGGGCACGACGCAAAGGGCGACUGGAACCUUGUCCGCCGCUUCGAGGCGUCAUCUAAUGUGUCGAUGGAGCUGGUCCCGGAUGGCACGCUGGUGCUGCAAGGUGUCGACAUCCUUGCGCCAUACCUAUAUCGCGCCGGCUUCUACCGCAGCCUGUUCGAAGUGAUGGAGUACGCCUCCGUCGCGGAGCGGCAGCAGCAGCAGUAUCGAGCACCAGCGGAUGUGUGGACUUCGUCGUUUCCGCUGAGCCGCUUCGAGAUCGAUUUCCUCGAGGCCUGCUGUGCGCGCAUCGCCCAGGGAGAGACGGUCGACUCCAUUGAGUCGAUGAUUGUGCCGAGUCUGUUUCGCAUUCCUCGUCGGCGCCGACCAGGCGGCAGUGGCCCGACAUCUUUUACACAGAUGGGCCACGGCAGCGGCCGAUACGGCGGCCUGGGCUCGGCGACCGUGUCGCAGGCUCACUGA